GGUUGCCUAAAUAAAUAAAUAAAUGUAUAAUUGUUUUUAAAGAUUUCACAAUUCAUUGAUAAGAGACUAAACAGAAAAUUGUAAUUAAAUAAGAGAGAAGGAAGAAAAAGUUAGAAAAAUACAAUAUAUCCUGUCUAGUAUCCUGUACAGUAUAUCCUGUCUAGUAUCCUGUACAGAGAAGAAUGUACCCUCCCAGCUCUCAAUUGGGAGCAAGUUGGUAGACCGUAAUGCAAUGUAGAAGCCUUUCCUGCUUCCGAAGAAACUUUGAUCCAUUGAUGCCUAUAUUGUGGCUUGGGGGGGGGAGUGUUUGCUAUGGAGCCAAAAAGAGUUUACGAGCAAAAAACAAGCCCACCUGACUGCUACCCCCUUUUCCCGUAUUAGUCUAUAGCAGGCAUCCCCAAACUGAGGCCCUCCAGAUGUUUUUCCCUACAACUCCCAUGAUCACUAGCUAACGGGACCAGUGGUUGGGGAAGAUGGGAAUUGUAGUCCAAAUUCGAACCGCCGACCUUCUGAAGAAGAAGAAAGGCUUCUUUGUCUUUAGAUUCUCUUGUAAGAAUGUAUUUUGAUUUAAAAGAGAUCUUUGGCAGACUCACAACAUUGCACAGCUUAGGUGCUUGGGACAUAGAUUCAUAUACAGUGGUACCUCGGUUUAUGAACACAAUUGGUUCCAGAAGUCUGUUCAUAAACUGAAGCAUUCAUAAACUGAAGCGAACUUUUCCAUUGAAAGUAAUGGAAAGUGGAUUAAUCCGUUCCAGACGGUCCACAGAGUACUUAAACUGAAGCGUUCAUAAACUGAAGCGAACUUUCCCAUUGAAAGUAAUGGAAAGUGGAUUAAUCCGUUCCAGACGGGUCCGCGGAGUACUUAAACUGAAGCGUUCAUAAACUGAAGCAUGGGUGUAAUUGGUUCCGGAAGUCUGUUCAUAAACUGAAGCGUUCAUAAACUGAAGCGAACUUUCCCAUUGAAAGUAAUGGAAAAUGAAUUAAUCCGUUCCAGAUGGGUCCACGGUGUUCAUAAACUGAAAAUUCAUAAACCGAGGUGUUCAUAAACCGAGGUUCCACUGUAAGCACACAGCCUCCUUCCUGGCCUUGCAACUUUUUGCUACAGCAGGAAGCCACAUCUUGUCAGCUGGCAGAGAUUAGGCUAUUACACAGAAACUGGGAGGAGCCUCUCACCUGGGAGUGCUCUGGCUCUUACAGAUCAUGAGCAUUAAUUGCAUUAACCUGAGGCUGGGUGUGGCAAAUGGUACUUGUGAAACUUCUAGUGUGUGGGUGUUAAUUUCUCUCCAUCCUGCUGCCUUUCCCAAGAUUGCUCAUUGCAGGCAGGAGGCAUCUUCUCUCUUCACCAGAAGGAUUCAGUAACACUGAAGAACAUGGAGGGCUUAUGGAAAGGGUGGGUGCUGCUGAUAACACUCUAUUUGGCUGCCUACCAAGCUGCUGCAGGUCCCCUGUCUUGGGAGAAAGAGUGUGCAGAGGGCCCAGAAACAUGGUGUCGGGAUUUUCCAACAGCACUGAAGUGCGGGGCUUUGGACCACUGUCAUCGGACUUUGGAGGUCAGCACCCCUGUGAAAAGUCUCAAGUGUGGUAUGUGCAAGCUCGUUACAGUAAUGAUGGCGAAGAUCAUGCAAGACAAUUCCACGGAUGAAAGAAUCAGUAAAUUUUUGGAAAAAGGUUGCCAGUUUCUCCCUUUCCAGGACUGGUCAAUCAAAUGCAAGAAGAUGGUGGACACAGGAGUUAUCAUUCUGGUGCAACUUGGAAAACAAGUGCAGGAUAGGCCUGAAAUAGUAUGUGGUGCCUUUAGGCUAUGCAGUCAUCUGGUACCCUUGGAAGGAGCCCUGAAGUUCCAGAAGCCAUUCACUUCUAAUGGAAUGCCUGAUAUGACGGAUUUCCCCGAAAUGUUGGCUCCCUUGAUAGCUAACGUGCCCCUUCUCCUCUAUCCUCAGGAUGAGCCCCAAACUGAGUUUCUGCAGAAGGAAGAAAAUCCUUGCAGAGACUGUCAACAAGUAGUUGCUGCAAUGAAGGAAGGUUUCAAGAGCAGCUCUUUCCUUGUCCAGUCCUUUGCUUCUUAUGCUGAACAAUACUGUGAACAUCUGGGGUCUGACUUGGUAAAUGAGUGCAAGAAAUAUGCCUUUGAGUAUUCACAUGUUUUUGUCCAAUUGCUGACACAUCUAUUGCAAGAGAAAACGAGAUUUGUUCUCCAAUGGAACUUUUUCCUCCCCUUUCAGCAAUCAAAGACUGUCUGUGGUGCCUUCUGUGACUCUGCAGAACCCGAGCUUUUUCAUGCAUUACUGCCAGCUAAACACUUUGAUGACCUGUCUACAGUAUCAGAUUCUGUAGAGAAAACAUCAAAUGGCAAAAACCCUGAGUUUGCGUGUGGUUUUUGCAAGAAAAUAGUAACCCUUGCAGAGGGCAUGCUGGAGGAGAAUGUCACAGAACAAGAAAUAGUCCACCAGAUGGUAAAAGUCUGCUAUAUAUUGCCUCAUGAAGUCCUGGACCAAUGCAAAGACUUUGUUGAUUCCUAUGGAAAGGCUGUUGUCUACAUGCUCCUGGAUGCAACUAAACCUGAAGCUGUGUGCAUCAUGAUUAAAUGUUGCCCCAGAGAUACCUCUUUGAGCUUUGAGAGGGAAGCUCUGGAAGAAGGAUUGAAACCAACCAAACCCAGUGAAGGUGAAGUCUGCCAUGUGUGUACGCUCAUCGUUACAUAUGUUGAUCAAGAGCUGGAAAAGAAUCAAACGCAGGAACAGAUUGGAAAUAUGCUUUCUAAGGGUUGCCAGUUGCUGCCAGAAGCUUUGGUGUAUCCCUGUGAUCAACUCGUGGUGCAAUAUGAGCCAGCUGCCGUCCGCCUCCUGGUGCAGGUCAUGGAGCCAACCUUUGUGUGUGCUAAAAUAGGAGCCUGCCCCUCGUCCCACCUUGUGGGCAUGGAGGUCUGUGUCCGGGGCCCUAGCUACUGGUGCAAGAACGCAGAGACUGCAGCUCAGUGCCAAGCCACUGAAUACUGCAAGCGCCAUAUAUGGAACUAGAGGAAGCCUUGCCAGUGGAAGAAUGUUGGUUGUGGUUUUACUGAAUGCACCCUGGAAUUUGGCUGGGUGGGAAAUGUCUAAAUACUGGCAGAACCACACCUUCCUUUCACACUUCUGCAGUGCGGCUGUCUGUUGGGUGGCUAUACUGCUGAAAAAGAAAAAAAGCAGGGGAAAUGUUUCCUUUGCUUGUGAUGCUCUGAAUUACCAUACAUUUAGUUUUACUUUUAGAUCCAUGGUGGGGAAGUGACAUGGGCAGGGAAGAAAAAGGCUGUGGUGGGAUUUUAUUUGAAUAGCUGAGAAUUUUGGGAAGACUCGUUUUUUUAAAUGGAUAAAUUGUGUUACGAUCAUUGCAAAACUGGCUGCUUAAGUUGGCAUUUUCAGAUUUCCAAUACCUUCCUUGUCUAGCUAGCCUUUUAAGGUACAACUAUACUAUACAUUUAAACUGUUAAUAUUUCAUUGCUUUUCUUCAAGAGGUGCUGGGAACAGCCAAUUGCACUGUUGGGGCACUUAGUCGACUGUCUAUUCUGGCAGCAGCAUUGUUUCAAACAAAUAUAUUUCCCAGUCUUGUUAUUGGAUAUGUAUCACAAUCAGCAUGAAAAGCUGAUUAAAUGGUUAAUACAGGACACAAAACAAUUUGCAUGAUCAGAGGUUUGCUUACUCCCUUGCUGGAUUGGUGUAGUUAAGUAGACUGAAUUUUAGACUAAUUGGCACAUAAAUCCAUGGCUGUUACUUACCAAUAGGUGGGUUUGAGUGCUGACCUACGAACUAAGUAACAAGUAAUUGUAAUUUUAAUUGUGUUUUCUCUGUACUUCAGGAGUAGUGGCAAGUGCUCAGGAUAAUAUAGAACAGGCAGCAUUCACCUUUGCUCUACACCAUAUGGCAUUUAUCAAAAUGUGUCUAAAUAUCAUUUCCAAAGCCAUUGACUCUUGUUGCAGCUUGUAAUUAGAGCAACAUCUGAGAGCACUAAUGGCCAUUGAAAGCCAUGCAGAUGCCAUAUUUGUUGGUAAGCAAAAGAUAAAAUUUAACAGGUACGGUGAUGCAGAGGUGAAUUUGUUGUUGCUUUUGCAAGCCACAAUUCCCAUGUCUACAUAGCUGUUAUAAGUAAUGAAGCUCCUGUGUUUACCUGUGUGUGAACUGUUCAAUAUACAUGAGAAAUUAUUCCACUUAUUCCAAAAGGACAUUAUAAUGAGCAUUUUACCAACAUUAAACAAUUCUUACAAAUUUGA